AUGUCCGCUAAACGAAAGUCCGCAAAUAUUAAAAUCUCUGAUGACGAAGAUGAUGUGAUGCGCGUUCUUGACGAUGGUUCUCAACAACCACGUCCCGAAAUGCAAAAUCAGAACGUGACAAAAAAGACCAGAGUUUCGAAGAAACAAGCGAAAAAUACAGGCGUUCCGGUUGGUUAUAGAGUUGAAGAGCUGCCACCUGAGGUCAUUGAGCAAAUGAAUCGCCAAUCUAUGCAGCCACCCUAUGCAAUAGUGGAUCCUACGCGACGUACGAAUACUUUCUACCAUUCAGUGAUGGUCAAUUAUAUGGACCAUCCUAUAAAUAUAGCACCAGUAUAUGCAGCACCACCACCAUGUUGGUGUAACCAACUUGCUGGUGACUUGCGAGCUAUCCGUGAAUUGAUCGGUGCUGUUUCCAAUGGAAUUCAUUGCAUUCUUCAGAAGGUUCAUAUGGAUCAAGUUCAGAAUGCAGAUAUGAUGUCAAAAUUAAUGAAUACCGUUGAAGUGAUUUCGGACACUGUGACUCAUCUACCGCUCGCUCAGCUUCAAGAAUACGAUCAAUAUUUGGUUGAUGAUACUGCUGUUCGAGCUGGUGGUGCAAAUCCAGUUGACGUGGAUCCUGUGGAACCAUAUUACGUACAAAAUGAUGCGCAGAUCCCACCAGAUCAGCCUCCAAAUGAUGAUGAUGGCAAUUACCAGUGA